CCCCGUGGAUUAGAGCGAGACAGACUGCCUGCGCGAGUCAGCUGUGUAGCCAGCGCGAGAACACCCUUAUCUCACACACUCAGUACUGAGCAGCCAUGGACAAGAGCAUGCUAGUGCAGAAGGCCAAGCUGGCCGAGCAGGCGGAGCGCUACGACGACAUGGCGGCCUCCAUGAAGGCGGUGACGGAGGACGGCGCCGAGCUCUCCAACGAGGAGCGCAACCUGCUGUCGGUGGCCUACAAGAACGUUGUGGGCGCCCGCCGCUCCUCCUGGCGGGUGGUGUCCAGCAUCGAGCAGAAGACCGAGGGCAGCGACAAGAAGCAGCAGAUGGCCAAGGAGUACAGGGAAAAGAUCGAGAAGGAGCUGAAGGAGAUCUGCAACGACGUGCUGGGUCUCCUGGACAAUUUCCUCAUCCCCAAAGCCUCGCCAGCUGAAAGCAAAGUCUUCUACUUGAAAAUGAAAGGAGAUUACUACCGCUACUUAGCCGAGGUGGCGGUGGGAGAGGAGAAGGACACCAUCAUCACCAACUCGCAGGCAGCCUACCAGGCCGCCUUCGAAAUCAGCAAGAGCGACAUGCAGCCCACACACCCCAUCCGCCUCGGCCUGGCCCUCAACUUCUCCGUCUUCUACUACGAGAUCCUCAACUCGCCCGAGCAGGCCUGCAAGCUGGCCAAAACGGCUUUCGAUGAGGCAAUCGCAGAACUCGAUACACUGAAUGAAGAUUCGUAUAAAGACAGCACGUUGAUCAUGCAGCUACUGAGAGACAACUUGACACUGUGGACCUCAGACAACCAGGGCGACGGCGAGGACACUGAAGAGGGGCGGGACAACUGAGCCCAAGCCCCACCCCCCACACCUGCUCCCCGUCUGCCUGUCGCCAUCCCAGCUCACCAACACUGAGACCACCUCAUCAGUCCCGCUUCCUUCUCUAAGUUCUCACCUGUGUCUCUCACGUAUCUUUCAUUUCUUAGUUUUUUUUUUUUUUUUGGAGAUUCUGUGGGGGGGGGUUUCGGGAAAGGGUUCGGGGGGGAGGGGGUAAUGGUACAUGGUUUAGGGGCUUGUCAGUUGACCUUGUCAUUUUCGUAUGAGGAGCAAUGGGGCUUUGCAGCAUGGAGGGAGAGGGUCUGUGGGAGGGCAGGUUCUCAACACAUGCGAAGUGGCAAGUCUAGUGUAGUCCGUUUUUAUAUAUAUAAAUAUAUAUAUAUGUGUGUAUAUGUAUACAUAUAUACAUGUACAUAUACACUGUAUGUAUAUUCUACAUAUGUAAAACAUCUGAAGUGUUUGCCGUUGUUGUUUGACACAUCUGUGGUUCACCACGCAGCCAAUAUUAAAACGUCCCACAAGUCAGCAGAACUGGUCUGCAUCUUCGAGCGUCAAAUGAACCUAACGAACCAAAAGCCUGUCCAACAGCAGAGAUGGGCAAGAAAGGUUACAUUCCAUUUACUGUCGCCUGCUCAACAUUCUCAUUCAUCAUCUUGCGUUAUCUGCGGAAGUCGUCAUUUUUUCCCCCCGUGUUACAACACUCGUACGAGGUAUAGAAAACCUAAGAACAAAGAAAGCACUUAAAGGCUUGAUACUGUAACUGUAAUAUUGUACAUUGAGCAGAGCAGUAAGAAUUUCCCAUGUGCUUAUCUAGUAACUGCUUUUUCCAGUAAGGGGUUUUUAUUUUCUUUUUUUUCUUGUUUUUUCUUUUGAUACUUGCCUAAAAUGCAUGUGGCUAAGAAGUAGUUCAUGGGGAGGUAAGGGAGAUUGCUGUCUGGCUGGCUAGCUUUGUUUCAUGUCUUUGGAAUUUUCAUACAGAACACCCAAGCAUAACUGUUAUUUGGAGGGAACAUGUUAUUUCAUGUAAGUGGAAUAAAAUAAUAAUUUAAAAAAA